GGCAGGUAAACGCUAUUUUCAAGAGCCUCUGGGAAGAUGACGCGGCAGAUAGCGUUUCGGUCGAGCCUCCUUCCAUAAGAACCUCUGCGUCACUUCAAAAGGAAGGUACCAUAGGUAUCCUUCAAGUACGCUCCAAACACCGGCAACCUUUCCACUAUCUCGAUUGCGAUAACAAAUUCACGAUUACAUCCUCACAACCUGGUAGUAAAUCAACAGAUCCGACACCAAACGAGCCUUCGUAUUGCCGCGAUACAACAGAGCGCACUCGUCCAUCCUAUCCCACUGGAUUGUAAUCAUUAAAUUUCGUACAAGAUGGGUCUCUUACACAAACUCGAAGAGAAGAUUCUGCACAAAGACCCAAAGCACAAUCAGCCCCACGGAAACCCCCCUCCCAUGCAGCAACAAUACCAACAACACAUCGGACCUCAGGGAGGCUUUGGGGGACAACCUCAAGGAGGCUUUCAGGGCGGAGGACAUCAUAGCGGAGGCCACCAUGGAGGCGGUGGUAUGAUGGGAGGAGGACCUCAAGCAGGUUUCGGCGGCGCGCCAGGUACCAUGGGAAUCGGACACCACGGAAGAGGGCCUGGCGGACCCGGUGGAUUUGGUGGAGGCAUGGGUGGACCGGGAGGGGGUAUGGGGGGACCUGGGGGCCAUCACGGCGGAGGUAUGGGAGGACCCGGUGGUCAUCAUGGCGGAGGUAUGGGAGGACCCGGUGGUCAUCACGGCGGCGGUAUGGGAGGACCCGGCGGUCAUCAUGGUGGGGGUGGACCUGGUGGCUUCGGAGGCCAUGGGCAUCAUGGUGGAGGUGGACGUGGGGGUCCUGGGGGAUGGUAGAUUCUGAAUGGCUGGAUACAUCAAAUGUUGCGAUACCCUCAUAUAUAAUCAUCAAGUAACCAUUUCUCACGCCG